AGAAUAUCUUCUUCCUGCAUUGUCUUCUUCACUCUUAAACUUCAUAAUCCAGCCAUGGCUUCUUCUGGGAGGUCCAUCCUCGUAACUUUCCUUCUGGUUCUCACAUUCUCAAGCGUGAUGACGAGUUCCAGCGUAGAAGCUCGUCGUCUUCUUCAAACAACACAGCCUUCGAUGCCAAACAUGCCUGGAAUUCCAAGUAACUUACCUAAACCUACAGGAUUGCCACCUUUGCCUUCAAUUCCAAGCAAUAUUCCUCCUUUGCCUACAAAUCUCCCAAAUAUGCCAAAACCCAAUGCACUUCCUCCUCUUCCUUCUAUGCCUCAGAUUCCAACAGUCCCACAGGCCACACUUCCUCCACUGCCUAAUAUUCCUUCCAUUCCCAAAAUCCCAACCACUAUGCCCUCCAUCCCAUUCUUUUCUCCUCCUCCUUCUAAUUAAUCUGAUCAGAAAAUGGUUCAUCUGUGUGUUGACUUAAAUUGCUUUCUUGUAUUAUUUUAGCAAGUGAGGAAGAGUUGUAUGUCACUAUAUGUCAUUUGUUUCCCCCCCCCCCUAUUGCUUUGGUUUUGUGUGGAAUUUUAUGUUAUUGGUAUGAGGUUAUAGAGUAUCGAGUACGCUAGCUUGUUACAGUAAUGCAGUUACUACACGCGCGCGCGCGCACACAUAUGAUGUCCUCUCUUCUCUGAUGAGACUUAAUUAUUUAGACACUAUUGGUACUCUAUAUCUUUAUUUAACACUGUUUUUUUUA